AUGACAGCAGCAUGGGCAGCAUUCGCAGCCGUCAGAGAAGCUACAGACCAACUGACGGACCAAGAUCUUCGUGCCCAUCUGUUCGACUCGACAGUCCUUCCAACGCUCUGUUACGCAGCGGAGACGUCGACAGACACCGCGGCCACGUCUACGAAGCUAUUUGCUACCCACAGAGCCCUUGAGAGAUGUCUCCUGAAGUUUAACCGGCGCACACAACACCUUGCCGGUCUUCGUAGCUCCGACUUAAGAGGAAUGUCCCGUCUUCGCGACCCAGCGGAAUAUGUAUCGGAAGCAAAACAUAGAUGGGCCGGUCACAUCAUGAAAAGAAUCGACGAUAGAUGGACUAAAAGAACUCUAGAGUGGAUUCCAAGGGACGCUAAACGCCCCCGAAGGAGACCGCCAACGAGAUGGGGUGACGUGUUCGCUGCACGGAUGGACCAGCUGAGAGCUGGAUACGGCUCAAGGACCUCGUCAACGUCACUCACGAACGUCUUGAGAACAUCUUGGAUGACAAUGGCGAGGAAACGAAACGAGUGGAAGAGAUGCUGGGGCCCGCACGUCUAG